AUGAUGAACGCCUCAUCGCCAAAGAAAUCGGAACAUGUAUCCACAUACAAUACUCUUCCGGAUCAUGUCAUCGAGGAACACAUCCUAACAAGACUUGCGGUGAAACCUCUACUCCGCUUCAAAUGUGUUUCUAGUGGAUGGCUUUCCAUGAUAUCGAGUACUAAAUUCGCAAAAAAGCACUUUGAGUUGUGGUUUCCCUCGCAUGAUCAAAAUCUGAUUGUUCAAGAGGAUCGUGAGACUGAGGAAGAAGAUAAGUAUUUAUUAUCCUUUGAUGAAAACUACAAUCUGAAUGAGUAUACUAAAUUGAUGAAUAAAUAUCCUACAGUUCGAUUUAAUACUCUAAAUACUCGUGUGGUGGGUUCAUGUAAUGGGUUAUUGUGUGUGUAUAAUCAAGAUAUUAUGCGCAUGUAUGUGUGGAACCCUGUGACCAACCAUUGCCGCGAUAUUUUUGUUCCCAUGGCUCGUGGUAAGUGGGAUGAUUAUCAAUUGAGGUGUAUCGGGUUUGGUUAUGUGUCGUCUAUUGAUGAUUAUAAGAUAGGGUGCUUAAUGGUUCAUAAUAAAACAUUAAUCAUUCUUGUGUUUUCUUUGAAGACUGGGUUUUGGAUACAAAAGCCAAAGAUAGAUCUAUAUUAUGAAUUGUUGUUAACAUUUGAAUAUGAAAACCCGGCGUUUGUUGGUGAUACUCUAUAUUGGAUUCCGCAACAUUUGAAUGAGGAUGAAAACUACAUAAUUGGAUUGGAUUUAGUUGAAGAGGAUAUGGUAAUCAUCCCAUUAUUUGGAAGAAUCCCUGGUGAUUGGGUAAUUGCAAAAUUAUUUCGGAUGGAAGGUUGCUUGGCAUUAUGUUUGAUUCAGAAUUAUACUGAUAAUGAAAAGAGUAUUUGUCAUGUUUGGAAGAUGAAGGAACAUGGUGAUGAGGAAGAUAGGGUUUCGUGGCAGAAAGUAUUAUCUCUCAACUAUAUAGGAACGGAUUUUAAUUAUUUAUUUGAGACAGGAAAGUGUUUGGUAAGUCAAUUAUCAUAUCAAUCUCAUCGGCUUAUACUACAUGAACUUAGCAAGGUAUCUUCAUCGAAACCAGAACAAGAGCAAGAGCAAGAACGACAAAAACCACCAGAUGAAGGUACCAUUGUUUGGGAAUCAGUAGAUCGAGGAAGCUUGUUUAACUAUUUUUUAGGGGGCACAUUCGGCUAUUCUGAGAGUCUCAUUUCUCCUUUGGGAGAGAAUGAAGAUUGA